CAAAGAAGGGGCGGGAGUUUGGUUGAGACGGACUUGUGCGGCAACAAGAGGCAGUGGUAAACAGACUCCUGGAAUGGGAGCUCUAAAAAAAUAAUUCAUUUUAUUUAAUUUAAAUUGUGCUUUAAAUCAGAAGUUUGAUAGGAGGCAGAUGAAACUUUCGAAUGAGUAGGUUCAUAAUAUUUUGGAUGAAUAAUCUAAAUCUCACUAAAUCGAUUUUUAUAUAGCUAAUCUGCUAGCUGCAGGAUCUAGCCAGCUAGCUAGCUAGUUACUUUAGCUAGCUAGCUGGCAAAAUGGCUUAAAUCUUGCUUGUGUGCUAGCUAGCAUAUGUAGCUGGCUAGCUGUAACCGUUUAUGUAGCCAUACCAACCUAGUGUGCUGGUUAUGUUUUUUCUUCUUUGCAUAAAUGAAUCAAGUGCAGUGUUUUGAAUGCUAUACUUAAGGCCUUAACGUGGAAAACUGCUAAGCAUUUACGUUAACGUUGGCUAGCUGGCUUGCGACCUGGCUGUAUAAUUUGAUUAUUAAGAGAGGGAGCGGAAAACUGGAAAAACUUUGCGCUGGCGUCUAGUGCUUUUCCUCAGAGUUCAAGAAUUAAAUUGGCUAUUGACUAGCUAACGUUGGCUACUUUCGAUGGGGGUGCGUGGGCCAUCCCCCUUCAGGAGAAGUGUCGAGUAUUGUUUGAGAAUACCGUACAGUAAAGCCCGGUCGGGUUAGCUUGACAAAAAUAGAUAGUUAACGUUAGCGAGCAAGUAGUCUCGUGGUAAUAGUUAAUGCUAUAUUACUAAUGUUAGGCUUUGUUUUGUUCAGUUAAACGCUAACGUUACUGGGCAGCUAUUAUAUUUAUCUUAAGUAGGCAUUGUUGAUUUCUAUCGUUAAAAAACAACGUGCGAACAUGCACGUUUUUCUUUAGUACGCAAUUAUCAGCUUACUCGUUAACAAAUGAUGCCUGAUAUUUAACCGAGAAGUAGCGCUAGCCAACAAGAGAUUUGAAAGUAGGUAUUGGUUUUCAUCAGUUACGGCUAUAGCUACAUACCCUUUGCUAAUUGGCUAAAACUAAUAGCGAACUAUUUAGCAAGUCUAAGACGCAGCGCAGUGCUAGCGGCUGAUUGGGGGAGUUGCACAUGUGAGGACGGCGACAUCAGUAAUUGCUGAACACCACCGGAGUCAUGGCCCAGGAAAAGAUGGAACUGGACCUUGACAUAUCUUCACUGACCCAAGGCGAUGGCCAGUUAAGACGAUCAAACAGCGCUCCGAUGAUAAACGGUUUGAGUGAUAACUCUCCGGUAUUCCAGCGGGAUGUUCUUCGGAGCCGCAGAAACAGCACCACCGUUGUGAACCGCUCCACCCUGAUGGUCCCCUCUUCUCCCAUCCGAGCCAGCACCAGACUUCACCAGAUCAAGCAGGAGGAGGGCGUGGACGUGAUGAACAGAGAGACGGCCCACGAGCGUACUGACCUUCUGGUGAGGCUUUGCUGGAAGUGUAAAGUGAAGCUAGUCAUUGCCGAGCCGGUUUCACCCAACCCCACUCCCUCCCCCGCUUCUCCUUCUCUCAGGGAAGUGCAGGCAGCCAUGCAAAUGAGCCAGACGUGGGAGGAAAGUCUCAGUUUGAGCGACAACGACUUCGACAAAUCAUCGUCAUCGUCCCCGAAACGGAUCGACUUUGUGCCCGUGUCCCCGGCACCGUCCCCCACGCGGGGCAUUGGGAAGAAGCAAUGCUUCUCGCCAUCUCUGCAAAUUCUGGUGAGCAGCAACGGCCUCAAUCCCAGCCCCAUCCCCAGUCCCACACGCCGCUUCAACAGCAGGAGGAGUCAGAGCCCCAUCAACUGCAUCAGGCCCAGCAUACUGGGCCCCAUCAAGAGGAAAGCCCAGGACGCCGGAGAUAUGGAGACUGAGAGCCAGCCCAAGAGGCUCUUCCAGGGCACCACCACCAUGCUGUCAUCAGAGACGUCCCUGCUGCCUGACCUCAGCUCCUGCUUAUCGUCGGAUCUGCUGGACGGGAGCCUGAGCAGCGUGGGGUCCUCCGCCGGCUCUCCCGCCAAGAUGGACGGGGUCUCCUCCUCCCCCAGCACCUCCCCCUUCACCCCGCUGCAGGACCUGUCGCCCAAGUGAGGCGAGGACGAGGCCUCCGCCCCAUCUCCCGCUCCCUCCUGGAGCUUUUCUUGUUGUUUUUGGAGAAUCUGUGUUUAAAAACAAAACGAAAAAAAAAAACUGAUGCGAUGCGCUAUUUGUGGGAGAAUUGCUAGAAACCCCCCCCCCCCGCGCAAAGGGUGUCUGUGCAACUUUGUGCGUGGCUAUGUGCGUGUUGUGCGAACGUGUGCGAGCGGGGUCGAGGACGAGCCGCUGUGGCGCACGCUGCUCCUCGCGAGUGCACUUCACUAACCCGCGGGAGAGCGCCGCCGCGGAUCAGAGCGGUGGUCGCAGAGGACGUUAGCGCCAGCUGCUAUAUAUAGAACGACUACAAGGUGCUAAUGCCCGUCCCCGUCCGGUGAGCAGAGCUUCAGUUUCCCCCCCCAGCAGUUCCACACUCACAGACCAAGCUCUUCUCCUAAAAAAAAAAAACAAAAAAAAAACAGAUUAAACAGCAUUGAGGGGGGAGCUUUCUCUUGCUCGAACAUGCUAAAAGCGAUGUAUCUCACGUAUAGACUACUUUCGUGCAAUGCCGAGUCUUGGGUUCAGCGUUUCUCGCUGCUUGAUAGAAAGGCCGGGCUGGCAGGCCGGUUUAAAGUCCGUAUAACGGAAGGUUGGGUUCAGAGCUUACCGGAUGCAGUAGUGCACGCGAGUGUUUGAUGCGUUCCAUGUAACAUAUCAGAUUGAAUUUUUGAACAGGAUCCUGCUUUAAGGAAUUGAUUUUAGGAUGGAAUGACAUGCCUUCACAAGGCAUUCCAGCUAUUGAGUAUACAAAGAUGAAAAGUCAGAACUACAUUUAUGUGAAUAUAGUUUUUAACUUAUUUGAUCUUACUUGUAUGGUUUGUAAGUAUGUAUAUAUGAUUGAUUAUUAGCUCUGAAGUGAAUGCAGGCUCAGGGGAUUGGCAUUUUGUUUAUAGAGGUGAAUGGAAAAUUGCUUGAAAUUCGAAGCACCAUUCUAAAAGUCUGUCGUGUCUGAAUGGGGAAUUUCUAUGGGAACGUUCAUCUCGGAAGUCUGAGGUCCGGGAUGUGACUCACAGGCAAGUUUGUGUGCUCUAGUAAGGGCAUUUCAUCUGAUAUGUAUGUUACUGUGGUAAUUUGGUGCUGGGACACUUCCCUGUCCUUUUCAGCUGUAACAUCAGUCCUUUAGUGAGGAGGGUUGAAGGGAAAAUGGCUGCUUUUCACUUGUGGUCAGUGAGGUUAAACCAAGGCUGGUCACCGAUCGUGCUAGCGCACCCACUACUGUUGGACAACAAGCGGCCUUCGAACGUCGCACCCUGUCUGUGAUUCAGAACCUCCAUUCUAGACAUGUAUUUUUUUUAGACCGUAGUAAAGAAAGACAAAAGACCGAUCUCCUUCAUGGAAUAACAAGCCAGGAAUCCCCGCCUCCCUUCAUCAGCAUCUCCAUGAAGCCACCUGUGAGAACUGACCCCAAACAUUCAGGCUGCUAAUGCUUUGGUGAUGAGACUGAAAUGGAGCUUGGUUUGUCCUUUUCAGUGGCUCAGCUUCUUUUUUUUUUCUUUUUUUUCUCCCCCCUUUUUUUUGGGUACCUGCACUGUAAACAAUACAAUGGACAAGCUGACUGAACAGUAAUUUUCAAAUGUGGGGGGUAAGAACUUAUUUGUGUGAUGCUUCUUUCUUGGAAGUCUAAGGGGAAUGCUUGUUUUUUUUCUUUCUACAUUUUGUGUGGUUGUUGUAAGGAGUUGCUUUAAUUCACAAUGCAAAAUGGGCCUUGUUUCAGGUCAGUCCUGCUGGUUAGAUGUAAAUCUGAGAUUUAAGAUGAGACUUUCUCUCUCCACAUUUAAGCAUUGCUUCUGAUUGUUUCACAGUGGGGGAAAAUGCUGUUUUCUACUGAAUCAACAAUGCCUUGUGCCAUUCAAUGAAAUAUAUACAAGAAAACAACUGUAAUUGUGUAAAAAGUCAGUGUUAAUUUGGUUAUAGCAAUUCUUUUUGUUUUUGAAAUUGUUUUAAGUCUGUAAAACAUUUCCUUAAGUAGACAUUGCUAGAUUUUUCCCCCUGAACUGAAGGCAUGUGGUAUAUUGAAAUGUCAGACAACCUGCAAGCUUUCUUGUGUGUGUUGGAAAGUAAAGAAUUCUGUUAAAACCAUUUAUGAUGCAAAUGUGUGUUUUUGUUUGCGAUGAGCUUUGUUCUGCUUUAGUUUGUCAUGUGGAUUUUUGUUUGUGUUCAUAAACGAUAAAAAUUG